AUGAAUUCAAAGUUUCUUGAUGUCAACGCUGUUACUGUGAUUGAUGGUUUUGGUACACUUGGGUAUGGAGAUAUUUCCUGGUAUCCAGACUUUGCGGCAACUACUCAUCUUACACCAGAUGCAGGUAUUAUUAUUAAUUCUUCUUCUGUUGGUUCAGGUAAGGUGGCAAUUGCAAAUGAGAUGGAUGUUCCUAUUUCUAAAAUUGGCAAAGCUAUUUUAUGUUCUCAGUCUAGGUCAUUGUAUUUGAAUAAUCUUUUGCAUGAUCCUACUAUUGGAAAAAAAUUACUUUCGAUUUCUAGGUUCACUAAAGAUAAUAGUGUUUCUAUAGAGUUUUAUCCUACUUAUUGUGUUGUGAAGGACUUAGCUACACGGCAGGUGAUUGAGAGUUUGGAUAGUAAUUCGAAUUGUAUGGUUGAUAUGCAUGCUGAUAGUGAUGUAGCUGUUGGUGGUCUUGGUUUCUCUUCUAGUAUAUUACCUCCUGUUAUGAAUAGGGUGAUUAGUAAUUCUGUUAGUAAUGUUUGCAAUAAUGUUGUUUCUAGUUCAGAACUUUGGCACAGGAGGCUAGGGCAUCCUUUUAGUGUGCGUUCAUGUCCACAUACGUUGGACCAAAAUGGUAUGGUCGAUCGAAAACAUCACCAUAUUGUGGAAACUGGUUUAACUCUUAUGGCUCAAACCUCUGUUCCUUUUAAAUUUUGGUCUGAUGCAUUUGAUAUUGCUGUCUAUCUUAUAAAUAGAUUGCCUACUAAGGUAUUGCAGGGGUUACCUCGUUUGAGAAAUUAUUUCAUAAGCAGCCAAACUUCAGUUAGCUUAGAGUUUUCGGCUGUCAGUUCUAUCAUUUGUGCUCAUGUUGGUUCAGUUACUCGUUCUGAUGAACAAGUGUCCUCUGAUUCCAUUCGCCAUUCUGUUGGUCUGUUUGGUCACUGUGCUGAACCUACUGUAGAUCCAACAUUAGCUGGUGCUAUGAAUCCAUCGAAUGAUUUGGUGGGUGUUGGUUCUAAUGAAGUGCACGUUCCAUUUUCUCAUAGUAUGGAAGAAUCUUCGUUGUAUAAUACUUCAGGAAAUAGGGCUUUGUCUGAACAAAGUGGAAGUAACUCUAGCACGCAUCUUGAUGUUACCGAGACAGGGUAUACUCAUCAAUGGUCACCCGAUCCAAGGCUGGAGUGUUCAAGCCUAAAGCCAUUUUUGUUGAAGAAACUGUUAAGGAGCCAAAAAAAUAUUCACCACGCUAUGAAGCAUACGGUGUGGAAGGAAACAGUCGAAAAGGAGUUUGAUGCUCUUACUAAAAAGGGAAAUUGGGAUUUAGUUGUUUUGCCAUCAGAUCUUGUUCUGAUAGGCUACAAGUGGUUGUUCAAAGUCGAGGAAUUCUGA